GCUUCGCCCCGCCCCGCCUCGCCUCUCCGUUCCUCCCAUCGCCGCACUCACAACGCUAAUCCUCGGUUCAGUCGGGAGGCGCUGUCCCUCUCGCCAUGGCCGGGGGGUUUCUCGCGGGGCUCGCCUGCCUGCUCGUUUUGUCCGGGGCCGCGUCCUUCCUGACACAGAGGCAGGCGGCGCAGUUCCUCAGCAGACCGAGACGCGCCAACGUUAUCUUCGAGGAGCGCAAGCAGGGCAGCCUGGAGCGCGAGUGCGUGGAGGAGUUCUGCAACAAGGAGGAAGCGAGGGAGGUCUUUGAGAACAACCUGGAAACGGAGUACUUUUACCCCAAGUACCUGGACUGCCUCAGCCGCCACCGUUCUCACCCGUCCCGACGGCCCGCUGAAAACCUGAAGAACUGCAUCAGAGACAUCCCAGACCAGUGCUCGCCCUCGCAGUGUCACCGUGAGGGGUCUGUCCGCUGCGUGGACGGGAAGGCUGCCUUCAAGUGCAUCUGCAAGAAAGGAUGGGAGGGCGAAUGGUGUGAGAGAGAUAUUGACGAGUGCCAGUUGGAGGAGAGAGUGUGUUCGCACUUCUGCUUCAACCUGCCUGGCAGCUACCGCUGUUUCUGCCGGGAAGGUUUCUACAUGAGCCCAAACAAAAAGACCUGCAUAGAUCAUGAUGAAUGCUUCAAAAACCCGAAAAUCUGUGGGAAAGCCUUCUGCAAGAAUUUGCCGGGAAGCUACGAGUGUAUGUGUGACGAGGGCUACAGGUUCAACAGCACCAAGAUGGAGUGUGAGGAUAUCGAUGAAUGUGCUGAGGGCAACUGUACCGACAAGUGUCUGAACUACCCGGGAGGUUUCAGCUGCUUCUGCGAUGGGAAGAAAGGGGAGAAGUUGUCUAUGGACGGGCAGAGCUGUGAGGUGAUCCCCACCUGUGUGGCCCUGCAGACGGUGAGGAAACCAAAAAUCCUCAACAUGGGAGAGCUUUUUGCUGGGAUCCCGGUGGUCUACCUGCGGUUCAAGGUUCCCACAGACAUCAGGUUUACAGCAGAAUUUGACCUCAAGACGUUCGACUCCGAGGGGCUAAUAUUCUACGCCGAGACGCAGAACACUGCCUGGUUUAUGCUCACAGUCCGAAAUGGGAAGCUGGAGGUCCAGUUCAAAAAUGAUCAAAUCCACCGGGUGAAGAUUAGUGGGGGGCCCAAGAUCAACGACGGCAUCUGGCACACGAUCUCGGUGGAGGAAGAUGAGGCCAGCGUGGUGGUGAAGGUCGCCCGCGAGGCAGUGAUCAAGAUCAACAGCCCCGGCCGCAUCUUCGCAGGAAACGCCACGACAGAGAUGAAGAUAUCGGUCGCUGGUUUGCCCAGACAAGUCCACCCCAUCACUCCAUAUGUGAACCCUCGGCUGGACGGCUGUAUGCGGAGCUGGAGCUGGAUGAACCAGGGGUCAGCAGGAAUCCUGGAUGUCAUUCAGAACAUCGAAAGCAAGCAGUGUUAUCAGAGCAUGGAGCUGGGUUCCUACUUCCCCGGACAGGGAUAUGCACUCCUUCCACUUAACUACAGUACAGUGGAAAUGGGUUUCGAUGAUUGGAAGGUUGACGUGAAGCUGCAGAUGCGUCCAUCAAAGGACACGGGUGUGCUGUUCGCUUUAGUCAGCGGGAACAGGGUGCCCCUGUCGCUCUCGGUAACUGACGCCUACAGCCCAGAGAAAAAGCAGCAAUUACUGCUGGCCAUAGACAACACGAUUGUGUCCAGGUCUGCAAACCUGUAUCUCUGUAAUGGAGAGUAUCAUUCAGUGCACCUCACUGUCACAGCCCAGCGUAUCCUGUUGGAAGUCGAUCGGAUUGCUUAUGGCUGCCAGUUAAGCCACUCAGCACGGAGGGAGCAGCUGGGUGUCCUGGAUCAGGCCAUGAGGGACGCUGUCAACACCACAUUUGGGGGAGUACCAGAGGUUCCAGUCGCCACAGUCCCCAUCACAGCCUCCUUCACAGGAUGUCUGCAGACUAUGAUUGUUAACCAGGAACUGAUUGACCUUGAUGAAGCCACUGAGAAGCACAAUGACAUUCAGUCCCACUCCUGCCCACUGGUGCAGAGGGACUGGCACAAUUCACCCUCACCGUAUGAAAUGUGUCAAACCAAAUCAGCGAGUGUUGCUAUGCCUGCUCACUUUUCACUGACAGUAACCGUAACCAUACGCCUUUGGAAUGUGGAAGGAAACCCACAUGGUCACGAGGAGAAAGGACACACUCCGUACAGACAGCAGUGCGAAUCGAACACCGGUCUUCCAGCCGGCACUCAUGAAGCAAUUAAGUCUGCCUUUACUUUGAAGGUUGUGGUGCCUUUUAACCCUGUAAGCUUUCUCUCAUCGCCUGAAUGCCUCUUAGAUAUAGACGAGUGUGAAGACAAUAUCUGUUCAGGGGGAUGCGUGAACACGCCUGGCCAGUACUCCUGCUACUGUGACGGAAAGGCGAAUUUAAAGCUGGCUGCAGACUUGCGGAGCUGUGUGAACAUUUUGCCUUGUGUGUCGCUGAACACUGUGAAGAAUGAGGGGUCCCUGUAUCUGGGGAGGUUCUUCCAAGGGAUCCCUGCGUUGGGCUUUAUCUUCAAGAGGGAACGUCAGACAAGGUUCCUGAUGGAAUUCGACUUCCGCUCGUUCGACAUGGAGGGCACGAUAUUCCAGGCGGGUCAGCGGCGGAACAACAUGUGGAUCAUGCUGGCUCUGCACAACGGGAAGCUUCAGGUCCAGUAUUAUAGUGCCACUGAAGCUUCAGGGGUCACCUCCGGAGGCCCCUUUCUGAACGACGGCCGAUGGCACACAAUUUCCGUAGAAGAAUCAGCAAACAGUUUAAUUGUGAAAGUCGCUCGAGAAGCGGUGAUGAACAUUAUCUUCUCAGAGAGCCUGAUCCAGAAGAUCCUGGGAGAAUUCCGGAUAGACAUCACUGUUGGAGGCCUCUUUGACGAAGGGCAGCUUGUUAAACAGAUCAACCCGAGAUUGGAUGCCUGCCUGCGAGGUUGGAACUGGAUGGACAGCGAGGAAAUGAUAAGGGAGGUCAUCGAACGCGAGGAAAGCAUGCAGUGCUUCUUUCAGCUAGAGAAGGGUUCCUACUUCCCCGGGCGUGGCCUGGCCUCAUUCCUCCUGAAUUACGAUACCCAGCUGGGAGACGGCACCAAGAGCUGGGCGAUGCACCUUUCUGUCUCUAUCCGCCCCGCUCAGGACACAGGGGUGUUGGUCGCUUUGGUCAAUGAAAGCAGUGUGCCACUGUCACUGGCCAUCAUGGACUGGAAUCCCAGCACAAAGUCCAUUGUGUUAGCCAUCGAGAACGUGGUUGUUUACAAACUGGACCAGUUGCCGUUGUGCGCCGGGGACAAGCUAUCCAUCCAGGUCAUUGUGACUAAGGAGCGUGUCACGCUGGAGGCCUCGGGCACGCUGGGAAGCAGCCCCCUCAGAAAGCCCCAGCUCACCGAGCGUCUCAGCACACUGGACCGGUACAUGCAGGGAUCAGUGCUGACCUGUCUGGGUGGCGUGCCAGAUGUUCCCAUAACAGCUGCACCCGUCACUGCCUUCUACCAGGGCUGUAUGGAAGUCUUCAUCAACAACUAUGUCCUGGACCUCGACGAGGCUCUGUACAAACACAAUGACAUAAGGGCUCACUCCUGCCCUCUGCCAGACUCGGCACAUUAGCCGACAGAGCCACUCGCUUCACCCUGAGCACCUGCUGAACCAAAUAAAUGCCCUGGAUGUCUCGAGCUGGUUUCCUGUACUCCGAUGACCGUCCGUAUCUGCCUGGGAGCUAGGAGAGGAGAAGAAAUGCAAAGCGGUUGGGUUGUGAAGAUGCCAAAGGUUCACAUUCUACGUGUUACACAUCAGACUGCACAGACACGGGUUUAAUUGCAAGCAAUUUUAAUCAUGGGAAGUAUUAGCUGCAAAGAUGAGUUGGGAUUGGUGCUAGUAGCUUCAGUCUGCACAUCAAUCAUAGAGACUGGCCUCAGCUUAAGUACAACUUAUAUACAACACCAUGCUAUAUCUUUAACAUAUACCUUGUAUGGUAUGUCAAAGUAUAUGGAAAGAUGCUUUGUAUAAUGAAAGUAUACUAGUCUAAAGUAUGGUAUUGGUUACCUGCUAUUUGUGUGU